ACCGGUCCGCGUCACUCGAACUCGACUAUCCGACAAGGUGCAAUGUGAGACAUCUCCGCAAAUAUAUCUUUUCAUUCGCAACUACACGAUCCAGAUUACCCAGGUAGGGUGACACAAGAGAGCAAUAGCUAGCUUGGCCACAACGUCUCAAUUCGCCGCCCACCAUGGACCUCGUCCCAUGUAAGUUCACAAUUCCCCGGCCUUCCGAUACACACCCGUAAGCGUCCACAUCCUGACCCACUCGAUGCAGUUAUGUAUUAUGAGAAGCAGGAGCCGGGAUCACAACUCUGUGCCCAGCAUUGCUUGUAUGUCCCGCUGAUCGCCACCAUGUGAACUUUGUGUUGACACGACACUAGAAACAACCUUCUCCAACAACACAGCUUUGAUGAGUUUGGAUUGGCUGACGUUGCCAAAGAGUGAGCCCCAACACGACUCAUCGCGGCAUUGCUGACCGAAACAGGCUGGAUGAGGCGGAAAAUGCAAAGCUCAGCGUCGAUUACCGAAACAAAAAGUCGUACAAUUUCGACGACUCUGGCUACUUUUCCAUAUCAGUUCUGGAGAGGGCGCUUGACGUGUUCGACUUGGCCAUGGUGAGAUGGAGAGGAGAAGCAAUGAAGGCUUAUCAGGAGCAUCCCGAACAACAAGUUGGUUUCAUCUUGAACCUCGCCUCCCACUGGUUCCCCCUCCGCCGAUUUGCUCCCAAUCCUCCCCACGCGGCUGCCAUUAAGCGCUGGUAUAACCUGAAUUCGUUCCUACCCAAUGGUCCUGAAUGGAUUUCGCCAACGUAUCUUCGGAUGGUGCUUACACAAGCCGAAGAGGAAGGCUACUCUGUGUUUGUAAUCCGCAAGAACAGUCCAGGAGGUCAAGAUUCUGAAGAGCCUCUUACGGGCGAAGGUGCCGGCUGGGCGGAUGGAGGUAUCGGAGUCUUGCCCGAGUGCUUGGCCGACACGAUGGCUGUCACCCUUGGCGAGCCCGUGGGCAGCUCUGGCCCCUCCAGCGGGCGUUCCGGUACCAUUCGCACAGGCAAUACUGAUUCUAAUCAAGUCAACGGUGACAACAACGUCCAGCCCUCAGCUGGACCGUCUUCUCCCCCGGCUCGGGGAUCUGGCAGGCGCCGCCGUCAGCCCGACCUUUCCUCCGAUGGUAUCGAGCCAAUUGAUGACCCCUUCUCCGCUCCGCCUCCUCCUUCUCGCUCUCGCCAGACGUCCUCGCGGUCCCAGACUGUACAAGGAGAUGGAGACAUAUUUGAUAACGUCCACGGCGUCCUCCAAGAGCCCUCCAACAACGUCAGACCGGACCCCAUCAGUAUCGACGAUAGCGACGAGCAAGAAGAUGAAGACGAGGAACUCGACGACGAUUUCGAGAUGCUCGGGGCGGGCGGGGCGGGGGUCUACAGGGGUCCGACAGACUUCCAGCAGCAUGCGAGGAGCUAUGAUGACGAGGACGCGGCGCUGCAAGCGGCGUUGAAGGCCAGUAUGGCGGAUGUGCCACAGGGAUGGGAGUUGCCGGAUGUCUGGAAGGAAGAAAAACCGGGGACGAGGAGUGGCACUGGUGGAUCGGCGCCUUCUUUGGCUACUCCAGCUGAUCCUGGGCCAGCACCAGCGCACGAGCCUGCUCAAAAUUGGUCAGUGCGAGAGAGUGAGGCGGCUCCAGCGGCGCAGGAAGAGAAGAACGAGGUGGAAGAUGACGAUGAUGAUGAGCCCGCCGAAGAAGUUUCGCCUGAGGAGAUUCGUCGAAGGCGUCUGGCCCGAUUUGGGUAG